AUGGGGGACAUGACGAAUAGUGAUUUCUACGCCAAGAACCAAAGAAAUGAGGGCAACCAUGCGGGCGACUUCGGCUGCACCCUCCUGGACCUGCGCUCCCUCAUGGAGCUGAGGGGCAGUGAGGCCGUGGUUAAAAUCCAGGAGGACUAUGGGGACAUGGAUGGACUGUGCAAGCGCCUGAAAACCUCUGCAACAGAAGGUUUGUCUGGAGUUGCAGCCGACUUAGACAAGAGAAGAGAAGUCUAUGGGAAAAACAUUAUACCUCCAAAGAAGCCAAAAACAUUCUUACAGUUAGUAUGGGAAGCGCUGCAAGAUGUGACCCUCAUUAUCUUAGAAAUCGCCGCCAUGAUCUCCCUGGGACUGUCCUUUUACCACCCUCCAGGGGAGGGGAGUGAAUCUUGUGGGAGUGCUGCCGCAGGGGCCGAGGAUGAGGGGGAGGCAGAGGCUGGCUGGAUCGAGGGGGCUGCCAUCUUGCUGUCUGUGGUCUGUGUUGUACUUGUCACUGCCUUUAAUGACUGGAGCAAAGAGAAGCAGUUCCGAGGUUUACAAAGCCGCAUCGAGCAGGAGCAGAAAUUCCAAGUGGUGCGGGGCAGCCAGGUCAUACAGCUCCCCGUAUCGGACAUUGUGGUCGGCGACAUCGCACAAAUCAAAUAUGGUGACCUACUUCCAGCAGAUGGAAUCUUAAUACAAGGAAAUGAUUUGAAGAUUGAUGAAAGUUCCUUAACUGGGGAAUCGGACCAUGUGCGGAAAUCGGCAGACAAAGAUCCCAUGCUUCUCUCUGGGACCCAUGUGAUGGAGGGAUCGGGCCGAAUGCUGGUCACUGCAGUGGGAGUCAACUCUCAGACUGGGAUCAUCUUCACGCUCCUGGGGGCUGGUGGAGAGGAGGAGGAGAAGAAGGAGAAGAAAGGUCAGGCAGUGGAGGAUGGCCAGCAGCCAGCAGACCACUCCCAUCCCUCCGCCAACCCCAUCUCAACUAUAGCUACCGAUGGUGCUGCAGGCGCAAAUGCCCCUGGUAAUGCCAGCCUAGUCAAUGGUAAAAUUCAGGAUGGAAAUAUGGAGAACAACCAGACCAAAGUUAAGAAACAAGAUGGUGCAGCCGCUAUGGAGAUGCAGCCUCUGAAGAGUGCCGAGGGAGGGGACAUGGAUGAGAAGGAAAAGAAAAAGACCAAUGUCUCCAAGAAGGAGAAAUCCGUUCUUCAAGGAAAACUGACCAAGCUAGCCGUUCAGAUUGGGAAAGCAGGUUUGGUGAUGUCAGCUAUCACGGUCAUCAUCCUGGUGCUGUACUUCGCCAUUGACAACUUUGUGCUCCAGAAGAGGCAGUGGAUGCCAGAGUGCACUCCUGUCUACAUCCAGUAUUUUGUCAAGUUCUUCAUCAUCGGCGUGACCGUCCUGGUCGUGGCUGUUCCUGAGGGGCUUCCUCUGGCUGUCACCAUCUCUCUGGCCUAUUCCGUCAAGAAAAUGAUGAAGGACAACAACCUGGUGCGCCAUCUGGAUGCCUGUGAAACCAUGGGCAAUGCCACGGCAAUCUGCUCGGACAAGACCGGCACACUGACCACCAACAGGAUGACAGUGGUGCAGGCCUACCUGGGAGAUGUGCAUUACAAAGCGGUCCCUGAUCCUGGCGCCCUGGCCCCCAAGACCCUGGACGUCCUUGUCAAUGCUAUAGCUAUCAACAGCGCCUACACCACCAAGAUACUGCCUCCUGACAAAGAGGGCGGUCUCCCAAAGCAGGUGGGGAACAAGACAGAGUGUGGCCUACUGGGCUUUGUGCUGGACCUCAAACGGGACUAUCAGCCCAUUCGAGACCAGAUGCCAGAAGAGAAGCUCUACAAGGUCUACACCUUCAACUCCGUGCGCAAGUCCAUGAGCACCGUCAUCAAACUGCCUGAUGGCAGCUUCAAGAUGUACAGCAAAGGAGCUUCAGAGAUCGUGCUGAAAAAAUGCUCCCGUGUCCUGAACGAGGCGGGCGAGCCGCGUGUCUUUCGGCCCCGGGACAAGGACGAAAUGGUGAAGAAGGUGAUCGAGCCAAUGGCAUGCGACGGGCUGAGGACCAUUUGCGUGGCGUACCGCGACUUCCCGGCGGACCCCGAACCAGAGUGGGACAACGAGAACGACAUCCUGUCUGAGCUGACCGCAGUCUGCGUGGUUGGAAUCGAGGACCCUGUCAGACCCGAGGUGCCCGACGCCAUCCAGAAGUGCCAGCGCGCCGGCAUCACCGUGCGCAUGGUGACCGGGGACAACAUCAACACGGCCCGCGCCAUCGCCAUCAAGUGUGGCAUCAUCCACCCUGGGGAGGACUUCCUGUGCAUCGAUGGAAAAGAGUUCAACCGGAGGAUUCGCAACGAGAAGGGAGAGGUGGAGCAGGAGCGGAUAGAUAAGGUUUGGCCCAAGCUGAGGGUGCUGGCCAGAUCCUCUCCCACCGACAAACACACCCUGGUCAAAGGUAUUAUCGACAGCACGCUGGUGGACCAGAGGCAGGUAGUUGCUGUGACUGGAGAUGGAACGAAUGAUGGUCCUGCUCUGAAGAAGGCAGACGUGGGCUUCGCCAUGGGAAUUGCUGGGACAGAUGUGGCCAAGGAAGCCUCUGACAUCAUCCUGACAGAUGACAACUUCUCCAGCAUAGUGAAGGCUGUGAUGUGGGGCCGCAAUGUGUAUGACAGCAUCUCCAAGUUCCUGCAGUUUCAGCUGACUGUCAAUGUGGUGGCUGUGAUUGUGGCCUUCACUGGAGCCUGCAUCACACAGGACUCCCCGCUGAAGGCGGUUCAGAUGCUGUGGGUCAACCUGAUAAUGGACACCUUCGCCUCUCUGGCCCUCGCCACCGAACCGCCCACAGAGUCGCUGCUGAUGAGGAAGCCCUAUGGCCGAAACAAGCCGCUCAUCUCCAGCACCAUGACCAAGAACAUCCUGGGCCACGGUGUCUACCAGCUGGUCAUUAUCUUCACCCUGCUCUUUGUGGGUGAAGUGAUAUUCGACAUUGACAGUGGAAGGAACGCCCCCCUCCACUCCCCACCCUCGGAACACUACACCAUCAUCUUCAACACCUUUGUCAUGAUGCAGCUCUUCAACGAGAUCAACGCCCGCAAGAUCCACGGAGAGAGGAAUGUGUUUGAUGGGAUUUUCAGGAAUCCCAUCUUCUGCUCCAUUGUGCUUGGUACCUUCGGUAUUCAGAUUGUGAUUGUGCAGUUCGGAGGAAAACCUUUCAGCUGCUCUCCCCUGGAUCUGGACAAAUGGAUGUGGUGUGUUUUCCUUGGCCUGGGAGAGCUGGUCUGGGGACAGGUGAUUGCUACAAUCCCCAACAGCAAGUUGAAGUUCCUGAGAGGGGCGGGGCAGCUGACCCGCAAGGACGAGAUGCCGGAAGAGGAGAUGAACGAGGACAACGAGGAGAUCGACCACGCGGAGAGAGAGCUGAGGCGAGGGCAGAUCCUCUGGUUCCGUGGGCUCAACAGGAUUCAGACUCAGAUACGCGUUGUGAAUGCAUUCCGUAGCUCUCUCUACGAAGGCUUGGAAAAACCAGAAUCGAGAACCUCCAUUCACAACUUCAUGACUCACCCGGAGUUUAGAAUAGAGGACUCGCAACCCCACAUUCCUCUCAUUGACGACACCGACAUCGAGGAAGACCCAGCCCUGAGGAAGAACUCCAGUCAACCCUCAUCCCCAAACAAGAACAACAACGCCAUUGACAGCGGCAUCAACUUAACCACUGACACCAGUAAGUCUGCUGCUUCCUCUAGUCCUGGCAGCCCCCUACAUAGCUUGGAGACCUCCCUCUAACCCUAGACUCGGUGUUAAAAACUAUACUCUCAAAGCGCAACAAAGUGAACGCACAUGAGACAUGUGCGUGAGCUGCUGGGCGAAGGCCUGUUCUGAACCUUACUGUUAUCGGCAACACGAGGAGGCAAGACAACAAGAUUGCUGUGGAGGGACACGAAAAACAGUAUAAAUCAACCUCUCCCCCUUUCCUAUGAGUACACUGACUAUAUUAAUAAUAAUAAUAAUAAUAAUAAUAAUUUAAAUUUAAAAACAUAACUGCUCCUGCAUGAAUGUACAUUACCCGAGUUUUUAUUUAAUUUUGUUUAAAUUUUGUUUGAAUAAUUUGAUUUGAUUGAUUUGAUGGGAAGUACCGUGGACUGCUAUUUAAAGACAGCUUAUCCGAUUCACUGGUGUGUGAGUUUCUUGUGUGGCAUGAACCUAAUUGUAUAGAUUUAUUUGAUUAAUAAAAUGAAAAGUGUUUUAAGGUUGCAGGACUCAACUUGCACAGUAGAUUUGCACCUGUUGGAAAAGAGGAACCCAUAAAUAAUAGAAUUUAUUGAACAUAUUAUAUAAAUAUAUAUAAAUAUAUAUAUUUAUAAAUAUAUAUAUAUUAUAUAUAGAGAGAGUUUAUCUUCUUUGUUUGUUGGCAUGUUGCCUUGUUUCUGCUUCUAUGGCUCUUACUACUUUAACUUAUUUAUGUCCUAAAGAGAAUGUAAUUUGUUUACAAAUCCCGUAGAUACUUCCUGGUUUAUUUGUAGGGUACAAAAACCAUACUGCAGACGUAGUUGGAACAGCUCAAGUUGUUGAGUACUUCUGUAACAUUGGACUGUAGGUGUUUUAUUACAAACUGUGUGCUGGAUUUGCCUGCUAUUUUGUUAAAUAUUGUAGAUAUUUUUAGAAGAUUACAAAAGAAACCAAAAUAUAAUGGGAUAUAUAAUUAAUGUGGCAUCUUAGUAUUAUAUGAUUGUUGGGAUCAACUCUGAGCGGCUUCCUAUGUUUCCAAACACAAAUCUUUACAUGAAGGGUUUUCUUUUUUAAAUUUCUGUUCAUUCAAUGCUUGAAAUGAAUUUUAGGUCAGUCUCAAAAUUGAGAGGGCCGUUCAGGACUGAUUUAAUGAACUAUCUACUAUAUAAACACUGCUUGUUUAUUGGAAAUAUUUUACAUGUGUGACCAUCAAAGGCUGCGAUGGAUUUAUAAUAUUAGAAACAACUGCAAACUAAGUUAUAUUUGGCUUAUCUGUAUGGAAAUCAAAAGUUGUGUUGAAAUCUUGUGAUAUAUUGUGUUGAUUAUUUUUUCUUUUAUUUUGAAAUUUGUUUUCCUUAAAAGAAAGAACACACAGCUCCAAAGCUGUCGGAAUUUUAAACAACUGAAAAAAAUACAAAAUGGAAUGUUGCUUUUUGACUCUUUUUUUAUUUUUUAAAUGAUCCUUUUUCUGCACUAUCUGGAUAUGAAUGAAACUCUCUGUGGUGUAUAUUUAGAUGUGCUUUUGUGUGUUUUUAACCAAGCUUGUCUUCCUGCAGUCACUAAAUAUACUCUAGCAUCUCAACAGUACUAGUUGUUAACUAUUUAUUGUGCUUUUCCAAACUAAAGGUCACGCAAAUGGUCAAUUGGAGAGUGCUGACAUACAAAUGCAUCGAAAUGUCAAUGGCCCAAAAAUAUUGUGAUAUUGUUAUUAUUAUUACUAAUUGGGUAUAUGGGGAAGCAUGAUAGAAUAUGCUCAAUAUGCAAGUUAAACAAAUCAAUUUUUCUACUCAGAAUCCAAUAUCUUGACCUGUCGUUUUUCCUGUGUGUAUAACAACAGCUGUCAUUCAUCUGGAGGGGGGUAAACAAGCUUUAACAGUUAGCUCAGGCAUACGUAAAAGCCUUCAGCAAAGGACCAUCAAAACAAUACUUUUAUUUAUCACAGGAGUGGUCUGUCCUCUGCAGUGUCUGCUUAUAUGGUUUUUCAUAGGUUCUUCUUUUAUAUGAUCUAAACGGCUUCAGUCAACAUUACAAAAUGAUUUGUACAUUAUGAACAAACAAAUAAAAAAUAACCCAGCUUUAAAACAAUAACUGGUGAUAAGUAGGGUAUUAUUAUGUAAAUAGCAAAUUGCCUUCAUUGGAAAUGCACAUCCAUCCAGGCUUUUGUGGACAGGGACUGUACAAUGUACAUGUGAUGAUGUUUUUUUUUUUUUGGUUUCUAUUUCUGGUUAGAUCAUUACAACAGUCACUGCUACAGGUCGAGAGUUCUGUAUCAAGCGCUCAGGUUGUUGAGCAGAAGUACUGAUGCAGAUAAAUUAUACAUGACUGACAGAUCUAAACGAUGACAGAUCGACACCAUUGAAAUACAAUAAUAUUAAUAAUAAUAAUAUUUCUUGCAAUACAUCAAAUGCUUCUAUGUACUGUACUUAGCAGCAUGCAUUCUUGUGGAACAAAGAAAAAGAAGUUAAAUGCCAGUGGUAAAUUUGGCAUUCUAGCCAUGUAUGGGUAAAUGAUAAGUGUUCAUCCAUCUUGUUUUUAUGAAUUUUUUUAUCUAUACAAUAAUUGUAAAUAAAGAACUCAAUGUCUUUGUUCAUUUAAUACUAUGCAAAAAGUCAUGCUUUCUGAUUGUUACCCACCUACCCUAGAGUGUGUUGCUGGAAUGUCUGUGGUCUCAAAAGUCAGUAAACAAUGUGAUGUAAAUGAUUUUCUAGUUUGAAGGAAGCAAUGAACUGUGACUCUUGCUGCUUUACUGUCCGUAAUACAACUGCAGGCAGGAGCGCAAGUGGAAAAACAAAUAAACAAAAAAAGAGAAAAAUGAGCAUUAAAUAAAUUCCCAGAGCAGCAUGAAGCGGAAUGGAGUUCCCUGACCAGUGUGGCAUCUGUGUGAUGUUUGCUUUCCUUCGGCUUUGCUCCUCUGUGCUGAGGAACUGUGGGUGUGCGUGCGUGCGUGCGUGCGUGUGCAUGCGUGUGUGUGUGUGUGUGUGUGUGUGUGUGUGUGUGUGUGCGUGUGACUGUGCAUUGUUCUGUGUAACACAUGGACAGUAGUAUUUUAUAGCAGUUUUCAUGCAAGCAGUAUCCUGUGCUUUAGCUUUCCUGUCCUUUCCACGUUCCAAGUUUUUUUAUCAGUUCCGGAGGCAAAAUUAGGAGUUCAGUAGAAUGCUACUUGGCUCUGGUUGUUCGUCAUAUGUCUGUUUAAUUAUGAUGGAUUUGAUUGACCAUUUUUGGAAAAAAAAAGGUUAAUCUUUCCCUUGUAUAAGGUAUCGACAAAUCUAUAAAAUCGACAAAACAAGAUCCAUUGAUUUCCUCUAUGUUUCCCUAUGAAUGUUUAUCAGAUUAUGAUUUAUCCAAAAGGUUUUUAAAAAGGUUCUUAAAGCACUUUUGAAUCACACUUAUAAAUGUGUUCUUGAAAUAUCUUUAUCCUAAUAGUGGACAAACUGGAAUAAUUUAAAGCAAGCAUUAAAAAACAAAACAAAAAAAAAAAAAAAACACCAAGGCAAUGUAAUCCAGGCUAUGCCUCCAUUGGUCUUUAUUACGCUUAAGCCAUAUGAGCAGAUGUGGUUGUACUGAGCUCCCUUUUGCUUUCUUAAUAGAAUAUUUAUAAUUGUAUCCAUAAUUUACUCAUUUGAAUCAAACAAGCAUCCUAUAUACCUUUAAUGUUUCUCUCUGUUUCCUUUAAAAAAAUGGCUGAAUGUAUAGCAUAAAGCAAUUCUAACAGUUACACGAGUGACUUUCCAACCUGACCUUUUUAGAAUUUUUGUACAUUAUCAUAGUUUAUACACUGGUGACAGUUUAAAAUAUGAAGUCUGUAUUUUAAUAUACCAGACAAGGGCUUUUCACACAUGGACAUGUCUUUGUAAAUAUACCUGUUCCCACUAAAUUAUAUCACUCUGUCAAAGCUUCUGUAUUACUGGGAUAUUGAGAAAACAUAUAUAUUUGGAAAAUAUAUUUCUGCACCAACAAAUCUCAAGAUGUAAAAAUAUUUAAAGAACCCUCUCCACUAUUUAAACUGCUGUAGACUCUAGAAUUACAUGUAUGGCAGAAGAAAUGACUACUUUGCUGGAUACCUUGAAAAUGUCAGUAUGCUAGCAUCUUAAGCUAGCCUGCCAGGGUUGCAGGCUUUCCCUUGUGGAUGACAUGUCCCAUGUCAAUAGCAUCUCAUGGCCCAUAAUUACCUCUGUCAGGUGGCCUUCCCAGAAAUAACAAUUUUUGUCCAAGACAGUCUUAACACUUCCUGCCUAACUGUGCGUAAGAAUAUUAUGCAGUAACAUAAUUUGGAAGCUCUAAACUGAUUAAAAAGGUCAAUCAUCAAGCUUUUGUUUAGGUUAUAAAUACACCAUUACAAAUUCUUUUAAACUUUUAAAAUGACAUUUGUUGCAUACAAUGGACAUCUACAAGAAAACAUAUCUGAAUAUUUUAGCAAUAAAUUAUAAAAUUAAAACAAAUAAUGUAACCACAAAGCUGCCUAUAACAACAUGAUGUGUUAUCAGCUAUACCGUUUUGUAAUAUAUAUGAUUAAUAUACAUGUAAUUUUUUUAGAAUCUUCUAAGCAGUUUUAAGUAUAGUACUGUAGCUUGCCAGCCGGCAAACUAUCCAAUAAUUAGUCAGUUUUGUUUAGGAAUUCCACAGUGAUUUGAAUUAUAUUUGAUGUAUGAGUCACACAAAUAGUCAGUGUCAGCAUGCAAUAUCUGUGCUACCAGCAAUAUUUCCUACAAAACCGGUGAUGGACUCUAAAAAACAAUAUUGUGCAUGAGAAAUUGUAUUUAGUUAGAUUACCACUAUAGGCCAGUGAUAUUGUAUCAAGAGAGAAUGAGCUUUCUCCCUGUAGAUCAGGUAGUUGUGUCUACCAUUAGGUACUGUAUUGUGGUAAACCAGGUUUUUGUGAUUUCACAUUAAUAGAAAUUCACCUCACACUGAGAACAUGUUUUAUUUGAAUUUUUUUCCUUUUUUAAUCAUGGUGCUGUUGUUUAAUACUUUGACAACAUUAUACAGAUCUAAAUUACUCUACAAUAUAAACACAAUAUAUUUAAAGCAAGUUAUAAAUCCACUAUGAUACAGAACAAUGGCAAAAUAUUACAGGCUAUGGGAAUGUGUAUUUGAAUGUGACUUUAUAAAAUGGUCUAAUAUUCUGAUAUCAUUUAUACUGUCUGUAGAAUACUCUCUGUAUUCCACGUACAUUGCAGUUGAUAGGGCAGGUAAUACACAUAUUCAAACACCUACUGAAUAUCAGGGUAAAUUACCCAGCAUACAAUUAACUCAGAAAUGCUACUCGUGAUACAUUAAAAGUCUAUGGGGCCCAAUGCUACUCCACUGAGUUUUAUGGUUUACAUGCAUGCAAGUUGUUCAAAUUCUGUAAGGAUGCAAAUGUGCAUGGCGUCUCAGAAAGGGUGUUGCAGAUCUGCUGUAUAAAUGCGAUUAGAUUAAAGGCAUUUGCAUGCGUGGCAGAACGUGAGAGAUGUGUAAAAUGAUCAGGCUGAUCACUGCUGGGUGAGCGAGGGAAACUGGGGAAACUACUCUCUGAGGAAAUGACAUGAUGUUUGUAAUUAUGCCCACAUACAAAUGUAUCUGAUGUCAUGAUUUUCUAAUGUGUACAAUUAUAACUUUAUAAUGUGAUUAGCCUACAAGUGAAUAUGGCAUGUGCAAUAAAGUGAAGGGAAUUAUUGUA